AUGUCCGACGCGAGCACGCACUACAAGUUCGACGUCGCCAUGAGCUGCUCCGGCUGCUCCGGCGCCCUUACACGAGUCCUCACGAAAUUUAAAGAAUCGAACCCCGACAACGUAUCGUUCAAGGUCGACUUAGACUCCAGGACCGUCGAGGUCGACAUCAAGAAGGACGCAUUCUCCGACGAAGAGAUCAUCCGAACAGUUGGCAAGCCUGGCAAGGAGAUCGCCUCUGGCGAGAAAGAUGGUGUUAUCACAUGGGAUAAAGAGCAGAUCAAGGAGAUUUUGGCCAAGAAGUAG